AUGGCCAGCCCGUUGUUUAACUGGGCGCUCAAGAGUGUGAUCGGCUUCCUGCAAGUUUGUCUCAUUCUGUUGUUGCAACGUGCGACACACAGUGCGCGUGCUGGCGAUAUGGACGAUGCCCUGAUAGAUAUCUUCAUCGCUCUGUUCAUUACCGAGGCUUACCUCAUGUUGCUCCGUGUUCACAUUAUGACCAACAUGAAUCUCUCACUUCUUGGUCCCAAUCGCUCUUAUGACCCCCGAGACCCCCGAGAUCCCCCUGACUCGGGGUUUAACCCCAGUGGAAAUGGACAUCAAUCCACCAAAAGCCAAUCCGGCACCUCACGCCGUGGCCCUGGAUGUGGAGGGUCGUCGAAGUCUCGCUCUCCUGAUUACUCUUCCUCUAGCUCUAGUCGAUACCGUUGCGCAAUUUUUAUUAUGGCCGUGCUAAUCGCAAUCAUGUAUUUCCAGUUUGUCUCAUCCCGCGGCAAUGAAUACUUUUGCGAAAUCGACGAGGAUUACCUGACCGAUCGAUUCAACCUCACCGGUUUGAACACUGAAGUUUCCUACUACCAAUAUGCUCUUGAUCUUGUGACCGACGUUUUCGAUCUUGAUGCCGAUGACGAUCUGCGUGAGCAAAUUGAAAAGUCUGCCCGUCACCUCUAUGGCUUGGUUCAUGCCCGGUACAUUGUUACCACUCGUGGUCUUGCCAAAAUGCUCGAGAAGUACAAGAAGAGUGACUUCGGCAAGUGCCCACGUGUGAUGUGUGAUGGACACGCACUGCUUCCUCUCGGAGAGUCAGACCUUCCGAAUAUCAGCACUGUCAAGCUGUAUUGCCCCAAGUGCGAGGACAUUUACAACCCCAAGUCGUCACGCCACUCGUCCAUUGACGGCGCAUACUUCGGUACCUCGUUCCACUCCAUCUUGUUCCAGGUGUAUCCCGCUCUCAAUCCCGAGAAGAGCAGUCGUCGUUAUGAACCCCGGAUCUACGGCUUCAAGGUCCACGCCGCAGCUGCCCUUGCCCGCUACCAGGACAACCAGCGCGAGGAGCUCAAGUGGCGUCUCGCCGAGGUGGACAUCAACCACCGGUUCAUCGAGGACAGCGAGAGCGAUGACGACGCCUUCGAGUACGAUGAGGAGUACGCUGAGGGCAACACGGCCCCAGCCAAGGGGAAGCUCCUCGGUGACGCCGCUACUCGCGUGGCAUAG